CCCGCCGAUCCUCGCCCCGCCGCCGCCGCCGCCGCCGCCGCAGCCUCCACGCCCGCUCCCGUCGGUCGCCGCUCCGGAUCCGCGCCCCUCGACGCCGCCGAGCUCCGUCCCCGCCCGCCUGGGGCCGCUGAAAGAUGAUAAACCUUUUUAAGAUCAAGGGGCAGAAGAAGGAAGAGGCAGCCAACUCAAAUGGAGGGCCUCCUGUUAAGAAGCAAAGUCCAGGGGAAUUACGUCUCCAUAAAGAUAUUGCUGAGCUUAACCUUCCAAAGACGACUAAAAUUUCCUUCCCAAAUGGGAAGGAUGAUCUCAUGAACUUUGAAGCUACUCUACGACCUGAUGAAGGAUACUAUCUAGGCGGGUCAUUCACUUUCACCUUCCAAGUAUCUCCUUCCUACCCUCACGAGGCUCCGAAGGUCAAAUGCAAAACUAAGGUUUACCAUCCCAAUAUUGACCUAGAAGGAAAUGUGUGCCUGAACAUUCUGCGUGAAGACUGGAAGCCUGUCUUGAAUAUCAACACCAUUAUCUAUGGUUUAAACCUUCUUUUCUCACAACCCAACGACGAGGACCCCUUGAAUCAUGAAGCCGCGGCCGUCCUCCGGGACAACCCGCAGAAGUUCCAGAGAAACGUUCAGAUGGCAAUGUCGGGAGGCUAUGUCGAUAACACCCAUUUCCCAAGGUGCAAGUAAGGCGGCCGGGCGGGCCUGCUAUGUGCUUGCUUCUGGCUUGCGCCCACCUACCCUACCCUAGCCCUGAAUGCCAAACCAUUGCACAAUCUGAAGAAAUGCGGGCGGCAUACCCAGGAAAUGUAUCUAUCAUACUUGUUUGUGUCAAGAAGAUGUGACUGCUAUUGUGCUUGUUUGGUGGAUGUUCUGGAAUUGUCGUGUAACAUGAAGAAGAAAUGGGGUGACGUUAUGUAGCGAAACUCGCCUGUAUUGAGCUGAAAAUUAAGUCACGGGUGUUGAUCUGUCACGAACUGAA